UGGCGGCGGUGUGAGCGCUCUGACGGCCUUUAGCUUAGCCUGCUAACUCAAGUUAGAUUUGUCAGCAGCCAGGUCCUCGGAUUGUCGUAACUUCUCGUUACACACUGAAUGUGUCUGUGCAAAUGGAUCUACAGCUUCAAAAUGGCUCCUCGGAAGUCACCGGGGAAACGGACCGUGUUAGGAUGAUCCGGGCGCACAGCGACCCCGCGGUGACCGGCGACCCCCGGGCACUGCGCACCCUGGCGGCCCUGGAGAGCCCCGGCCACGUUCCCCCCGACUCAGACAGAGUGCCGACGGACGUAAAGCCGAAGAUGAGGAGGACUCUGGUGGUGUGGAUGUUACAGGUGUGUGAGGAGCAGCAGUGUGAGCAGGAGGUGUUCCCGCUGGCCACCCACUACCUGGACUCGUACCUGAACACAUGCGCCAUCGACAAGAACCACCUGCAGCUUUUAGGGACUGUCUGCAUGUCUCUGGCCUCCAAGAUGAGAGACACCGUCCCCCUGACUGCCAGCAUGCUCUGCAUCUACGCAGACAACUCGAUAACAGCGUCAGACAUCCUGCAUUGGGAGAUGGAGGUGGUGUCCAGGUUGGACUGGUGUCUGGCCUCCGUGGUUCCCUCUGACUUCCUUGAGCCGAUUCUCCAUGCUCUCCCCUUUGUUCGGCCCCCCCACUUCCCAAACGUGCGCAGGCGUUUUCACUCCUACGUUGCUCUGGCCGCCACUGGUGAGUUACACCACAGGUUCUCAACAUUCUUGCCCUCCACUGUUGCCUGUGCCUGUGUGAGCGUCACCAUGCAGAGCGUAAAGUUAGAGGACGCUGCCGUCUCCUCUGAUUGGCCCAUGAAGUUUUUGGCCAACCUUUUGGCCAUUGAUCUGAACUCGCUCCUUCUCUGCUACGAUCAGCUGUGGAGUGUGCUGGAGCUCAGCCUGCCCUUCCACUCUCAGGACAGUGUUUGCAGAUAGAGAUCACGCAGCUCAGAGAUCAGCUCCACCCCUGCUGACAUUCAAGACGUUGCAUUGACACUGCUGACAUCUCUCCAGGAAAGGUUGCAAAAAAACUCCUUGCUGCCUUGAGUAGACCAGAUAAAUAUUAAAAGUGCAGCAUAGAACGAGAGGCCUAAAUGCCAGGCCGAGUUGGCGUUGACAUCUGUUUUAAAUGUUCAUCCUGUUGCUGUGUUUUAUAAUUGCAACUUUGAAAGACAUUUUUAUUACCAUUUUGUGCUAAUGAGAGUUUAAUCCUUACAGCAAUGUUUGCAUCAUUUUCUAUUCAUAUGUAUUUUGCAUUUGUCUGGGUUCUGCUGAAAUUGUAAUUUUAGUUUUAUAUAUGCUCGUUUCUGUUUAAAUGAAUGUUUCACUGUGAUAUAAAACAUGCAUAUGUGCAGAGGAUCAGUAACAACAUUAACCAGCACUAGAGUUCUUUGUCAUUUUUUUUUAUUGAUUUCCUCAGACCGGGCACAAUAACUUGGCAGAUCACAUACUCAUAGAAAUGAUAAGCCAGUUCACUUUGGCAAACAAGGUUUUUGUUGCAGAGAAAAAAAAAAUAUAAGCAGAGCCAGAUGCACAUUAAAUUAUACAUAAACGAC